AUAACCGACGCCCUUCUUCUCCCCCCAGCCCCAGACAACGUCAUGGCGGUGGUGGGGCGAGCGGUGAAAAUCCCGUGCCGUGUCCACACCACGCAGACGGACAAGAUCGUUUUCGUCAUCUGGUCCAAGAGCGGCGAGACCAACCCCGUCGUCAGCGUGGACAUGCGUUACGACCCCCCGCAGGAGUAUGCCUACGAGAGCGUCUUCGGGUCCCGCGCUAAGUUCCACUUCAAGGAGGGCAUGUCGUACCUCAUGGUGGAGGACGUAAGAGUGGAGGACGCCGGCCGCUACACCUGCAGCAUGGAGAUCCAACAGAAGAGGACACAGAAUGCCCACUCCACCCUCAACGUCAUCGUGCCUCCGGGUGACCCUGUGAUCUUCGACGAGGACGGCGUUGAAGUGGACCACACGCUCGGCCCAUACAACGAGGACGCCACCGUCAACGUCACGUGCCAGGUGGAGGGAGGUCAGCCAUCGCCACGGGUCACCUGGUAUAGCAAGGAGCAGCUCUUGGACGAGGAGACGGAGAGGCGCGACGACCAGGUAGUGAGGAACAUAGUGCGCCUUGGCCCUCUCACCCGCCAGGACCUGGGCGCGAAGUACCUGUGUCUAGCCCUGAACUCUAUGCUCGUGGGACCGCGCAGCAAAGAGGUCACGCUGGAGAUGAACCUUAAGCCCCUGACGCUGACCAUGACGCGGCAUAAGUCUCCCCUCGUGGUCGGGCGUGAGUACGACGUGACCUGCGUGAGUCGUGAGAGCCUCCCACCGGCAAAUAUCUCCUGGUGGCUCUUGGGCCGGCAGCUUCCCGAGGACCUGAUCUUCAACGUGUGGGACGGGAACGUGACGACGAGCACACUUCACCUGAGACCCGAGGUGCGCCACGCCGGGGAGCUGCUGCGGUGCCAGGCCGAGUCGCCGGUCAUCGCGCACAAGGCCCUCGUGGAGUCCUGGCCGCUCGACAUUCACUAUGCCCCCAACGUGACCCUCGAGCUCGGACCGGAUCUUGACCUCCACGACGUGCAGGAGGGCGAGAACGUGAUCCUCGUGUGCAAGGUCGACGCCAUCCCCAAGGUCUCCAACGUCACCUGGUACCGGAAGCUGCUGGAGGUGGACUACGACGCCUCCGGGGUGGUGCGCAGCGGCAACGAGCUCCAGCUCACCAACGUGACCCGCCGCCAGUCCGGCUCCUACACGUGCCACGCCGCCAAUGAGGUCGGGCUGGGCAGGAGUCAGCCGAUCGUCCUCAACGUGAUGUAUGUGCCAUUCUGCAAGGCAAAAGAGAAAGUCUUCCGCGGCGCCGCCAAGCACGACGACAUCAAGCUGGAGUGCAACGUCAAGGGCUCGCCGGGCAACAUCACCUUCUCCUGGUUCUACCGCACCGCUAACGGCUCAAUGCGCAUCCCGGAGGAAGAGUACCACACGCAGGACCUCACGUCAGUCCUCACCUACAGAGUGCUGAACGAUUCCUACUACCGGGACGUCCUGUGUUACGGCGAGAACGCUGUGGGAAGGAUGAGGGAGCCCUGUCACUUCGAGGUCAUCCCGGCGGGCAAGCCUGACCCCCUCGACAACUGCACCGUCAACAACCAGACCACCGAGGCGCUCUUCGUGUCGUGCCUCCCCGGGUAUGACGGCGGGCUGACGCAGCGCUUUGUGGUGCAGGUGUUCGAAGACGUGGAGGGCAUCAGGCUCAACAUUAACAACUUCACGGAGAGCGAGGAGCCAAGGUUCACGGUGGACGCCCUGCGCGCGGGGGCGGAGUACCUGCUCUACAUCUACGCCGAGAACGUCAAAGGGAAAAGCGACAAUAGAAUAAUUCACGGAUUCACUCUCCCUGCUGAGGGGCGACCGGUACACAUCUUCCCCAUCACUCCAGUGCUGGGGGUGCUGAUCGGGGUGGUGGGCGCCCUGGUGAUUGUGGCCGUCGUGGUGGUGGUGGUGAUGAAGCUCAAGGGGGAAUCACGCAGGGACAAGAUUCUCCGCCAUGUCGCCGCCGAAGGGGUUAAGUUGCCCCAAGCCCCGCCACGCCAUACCCCCAAGGACGGUGAGGAACGCCCAGAUGUUAUCCUCUGUGGGGAGGACACGACCUACGAGAACGUGGACAGCAUUCCCCCGAAGCUGAAACACGCCAACAUCUACGAGACGGUCCCCUACGACAAGGAGAAAGGCGGAAAUAACGAGAACGCUGAGAAGGACGACGUGGAGUAUGCUGAGCUCACCUUCAACAACGGCAGGAACAAGAACAAGAGCAACAAGCGCGGAGGCGGAGGGCCAGGGGGUGCGAACGGGGUCAUCAGAACAGCCGACACAUCACCGAUCUAUGCCACCAUUGACCACACACGCACGGCACAACAACAACAGCAACAGCCCCUCAACCCCCCGCCCCCACCGCAGCACCACCAACCCCAGCAGGCCACCAGUAAGCAGGGCGGUAAGCAGAAGAAGCAGGUGUAUAUCCCUCAGGCAGGCGGCAAGACAGGGAAGCAGAUAGCAGGCGAGUGUGACCCCCAGCCUUCAAGGGAGCCCGAUGAAAUCCCUCUCAUGGAUGCCGCCUUGGAGAGCAGCGUAUAAGAGAGAGAGAGAGAGAGAGAGAGAGAGAGAGAGAGAGAGAGAGAGAGAGAGAGAGAGAGAGAGAGAGAGAGAGAGAGAGAGAGAGAGAGAGAGAGAGAGAG